UGGCCUUGCAUCCACACACACCACACCACCAUAGCCAGGAGCAACCCAUUUCACACUAACUCGCUCGCCGUGCCACAACUUGCUUCACCUAGCUCGUAGAGAGUGUGAGAGCGACCGUUGAAGGGCCGGCGAACCGCGCAUGCACCAGCACCAGCACCAACCGGCGGCGGCCAUGGGCGACGCGCUGUGGGAGCUGAUCGGGGAGGAGAUGGCGGCGGCGGAGGCGGCCGCCGGGGAGCACGGCCUGCCCCCGGGCUUCCGCUUCCACCCCACCGACGAGGAGCUCGUGACCUUCUACCUCGCCGCCAAGGUCUUCAACGGCGCGUGCUGCGGCGGCGUGGACAUCGCGGAGGUGGACCUGAACCGGUGCGAGCCGUGGGACCUCCCGGAGGCGGCCAGGAUGGGGGAGCGGGAGUGGUACUUCUUCAGCCUCCGCGACCGCAAGUACCCCACGGGCCUCCGCACCAACCGCGCCACUGGCGCCGGCUACUGGAAGGCCACCGGCAAGGACCGCGAGGUGCUCAACGCCGCCACGGGCUCCCUCCUCGGCAUGAAGAAGACGCUGGUCUUCUACAGGGGCCGCGCCCCCCGCGGCGAGAAGACCAAGUGGGUCCUCCACGAGUACCGCCUCGACGGCGACUUCGGCGCCGGCCGCCGCUCCUGCAAGGGGUUCGUUUCUGCUCAAAAAUCUAGUUGCAGAUUUGCACUGACACCGGAUGCAUCUGAGCUAGCUAGCGAUAUGAGUAUACACCAUGUACUGGAGGAAUGGGUGGUGUGCAGGAUCUUCCACAAGGCGGUAGACCCGUACAGCAAGAUGAUGGAGAUGAGAAACCCCUACUGCUACUUCCCCAUGAGCCCCCACCACCCCAGCUUCUUCCAGGACGCACCUCCUGUCCCCUUCCCAAACCCUAGUCAGCUCAUCCCCUUCCACCAUGACCUCCCAAACCUGCAGUCCUCCCCACUAAUGCAGAGCCAGGGCCAGGCCAAGAACACAAGCGGCAACAAUGGCGGCUUCCCAGCAGCAGCUUGCGUCCAGGAGCAGCCAAACAGCAGCUGCAACCAAGCAUAUUUCCCUUUCCCUCCCUUCGCCUCCAUCGUCAAUGGCAAGGCAGGCCCACCGGCGCAGCCCAGGGUCAACGGCGGUCCACAGGAGCCACCGCCGACCUGGCUGGACGCUUGCCUGCAGCACAGCGCCUUCAUGUACGAGAUGGGCCCACCUGCAGCCACCAGGGGCGCAUGAUCCGGGUCACUUGUUUCCUAGGGCUACCCUCGCAUCUCGAUCGAUCGUUAUGUUGCAGCUUUUGAUUAUUGAUUAGUCAAGUUGCGAGUGUGAUCGACAUUUAGACAAGCACUUGUAAUUGUUUUCCCCUUGUUCUCCGAUUAAUCCUCUAGUUUCCGUAGCUUA